CGGCGAGGACAAGGUUCCUGGCGGUGAGGACAAGGUUCCAUCCGGUGAAGACAAGGUUCCUGACGCUGAAGAAAAGGUUUUUGCGUUGAGUACAAAGUUCCUGGGGGUGGGGACAAGCUUCCUGGCGUUGAGGAAAAGUUUUUGCCGUUGAGUACAAAGUUCCUGGCGGUGAGGACAAGGUUCCUGGCGGUGAGGACAAUGUUCCAACCGGUGACGACAAGGUUCCUGGCGCUGAGGAAAAGGUUUUUGGCGUUGAGUACAAAGUUCCUGGCGGUGAGGACAAGGUUCCUGGCGGUGAGGACAAGGUUCCAAGCGGUGAGGACAAGGUUUCUCGCGGUGAGGACAAGGUUCCUGGCUCUGAGGAAAAGGGUUUUGGCGUUGAGUACAAAGUUCCUGGCGGUGAGGACAAGAUUCCAGGCGGUGAGGACAAGGUUCCUGGCGGUAAAGACAAGGUUCCUGGCGGUGAGGGAAAGAUUUUUGGCGUUGAGUACAAAGCUUCUGGUGGUGAGGACAAGGUCCCUGGCGCUGAGGAAAAUGGUUGUGGCGUUGAGUAG